UCUAUUUAUAGAACAUUUUCGCAAACUACUGCAAGAAUCCAAAGCGGAAUUCCACAAUAUGUUUACACGCACCUAUGGUGUGAUCUAUCAACAGAAUUCCUAUGUAUUUUCUGAUCUCUUUAAUGAAUUGGAAAACUAUUAUACACGUGGACGCGUCGAUUUGCUAGAUGUUAUGGAUACAUUUUUCAAUACUUUGUAUCAGAAAAUGUUUCAAGUGUUAAAUGCUCAAUAUACAUUUGAUGAAAAAUAUCUACGCUGCGUUAGUGAACACAUGAAAGAACUGAAACCUUUCGGCGAUGUACCCGACAAAUUAUCCGUCCAAAUUAAGAGAUCUUUUGUGGCCACACGAACUUAUGGACAAGCUUUAGGCACAGCAGCUGAUGUAUCCAAAAGAUUAGUUAAUGUACGUCUUAAUGCAGACUGCACUUCGGCUCUAACGAAAAUGCAACACUGUGGCUCUUGCAAGGGUUACACCGAAAAGCCCUGUACAAAUUAUUGUAUUAAUGUCAUUAAGGGUUGUUUGCAUUUUUACAAUGAACUGGAUACCGAAUGGGAAAAUUAUGCCAUGGCUAUGGAAAAAUUAGCUGAACGUUUAUUGGGUUCCUUUAAUAUUGUUAUGGUAGUGGAACCUAUAAAUAUUAAAAUUUCAGAGGCUAUUAUGAAUUUUCAAGAUUCCGGUCAUGACAUUACCAACCGUGUCUUCCAGGGCUGUGGUCGUCCCACUUUAGGUCGUGCAAAACGUAGUGUUAAUCCCAAAUUCGUUGCAACUCCCCAACACUCGGCAGAAACUAAGUCGUUGAAAAAACGUUCAGCUUCAUCCGAUUUCUUAGAUAUUGAACAGCUCGAAACUGAUAUUCUUGAUAUUGAUGCUGCUUUAGAUGAUGCCAUAGUAUUGCGUGAACGUAGAGCUGCCGAUCCCGGUAAUCGUGAUAGUAGUGAAGGUGGUAAUAACAAUGGCAGUAAUGGCGGAACCGGUGGUGGUGGUGGUAACAAUAAUAACAGACGCAAUAACAAACGUAAACAACAGAAUCGUAAAAAUGAUGAGAAUGAAUAUAAUGGACGCGAUCCGGCUUUAGAUAAAUUAGUCAAAGAUAUUAAACAACGUGUUAAAGACUAUAAGAAAUUCUGGUCAAAUUUACCCCAUCAAAUAUGCAAUAAUGAUGAUAUUUCCAGUUCCAGCGAUGCUGAUGGUAUGUGCUGGAAUGGUCAUACUAUUGAUAGAUACAUGCAUUCGGUGACCACUGAACAUGGUUCGAAUCCCGAAUUUCCUGGUAAUCCCGCUACAACUAAACAAACUAGCCAGGUGGCUACACAAAUUCAUUAUUUGAAAAAUGCCAUUAGCCAUUUGCGUAAUGCCUACAAUGGCCAAGAUGUGGACUGGAGUGAACAAGAAGAACCUUACUACGGCAGCGGUUCCGGUUCGGGUGGCGGUGUUGAUGAUGAAGAUGACGAUGAAGGUUCCGGUUUGGGUAGUCCCUUUACACCUAGUCACAAACCUGACCAUACCGAUCGUCCCUCCGUCAACGUUAACAAUGUCGACGAUGAAGACGAAGAAAUUGUCGAGGAACGCACGAACAUGGGCGGUAAUGUUGGCUUGGGUGGCAGCGGCAUACAGACACACACCUCACGACCCCAUAGUCCACACGAAACAAAUGUCUUGGAAGAAGAUGAUAGUGAACAUCAUGAUCAUAGUAUUGAUGAUGAUGAUGAGGAUGAUGGAGAUCUCAAGUCAAGUGGGUCAGCGGUGGGUGCAGAGAAAAUGUCAUUACGUCGUGCUUUAUUUAUGUAUUUAAUGCCAUUGUAUAUGGCCUGGUUUGGUGGCAUUAUUGUCGAUAUGCUGUGAUUUGUUAUUUAGGUUUUUAUUUUGUUUUUAUAUAUUUUUUUUUUUAUAAAGAAAUUAUUUUUUUUUUUUAUUUAACUUUAAAAAGAAAAAAAACUAAAAAAAAAGUAUGAUAAUGGUAGAAUGUGAAGAAAAGAAAAGUUUUGGAAUAAUCUGCAGAAUUUGUAAAACUUUAAAAAAUUUUUAACUCGAAAUUAGAAAAAAAGCAAUUUAGUAGCAUUCAGAAGUCUUUAAAGUCUUAUUGUAAAAAUCUCUAUACAAGACUUUCUUCGUUAAAGUUUAGUUUUUAUUUUUUAAAGUAUUUCAAACUUACUUAUUAU